GGGGGGAAAACAUACAUUUAUUCACUCUGGUAGAGGUGUGCUGUCGGAUUAGCUCUGUGUUAUUGUUCACGAGGACGCAUUUGUAAAGUUGUCAGUAUCGAAAUCAGGAAGAUUUAAUAAUCGUACCGUGCACUUAUCUUCAACCAUCCGUUACAGAAUACUACAGCAAAACGAACACGACAUGGAGAAAAAAAACCCGUACUGGUCACUCACACAUCAUUGUCCAGAAUAUUUUAUUGACAUAAUGUGUUCUGAAAUGCAACAUUCUGUUAAUAAAAACACGAAAAAACCGACACCAAAGCACUCCUCUCCAUAUCUUAUUAACCGCAUCGGCUCGAUAUACUUGUUUCACGCUUGCGGAUGGAUACGUCAACGAUACACGACACGGAGCUGAACAAGGAGACGUAAGAACCGUGGAAAAAAACACACAAAGCCAGGAAAAGCAGAGCUUGCUUCGACGGAUAAGAACGUUUUUCAGUAGAUAACAACGAAACGGAGGAAAUUAAUCCGGUGUUAAAAAGACAAAAAGAACGGCAGAUUUAAUAGUUCGCGGUCCUAACAGAGAGGUGUAAUCCGGCCGCGGACGAAGAAAAAAAAACCCAAGCGCGCGCGCGAGAUAGAGAGAGAGAGAGAGAGCUUCGUGUCUUUUUCAAGCGGCCUCCAUUUUGUCUCCUCGCCCAGGCUGCGCCUCACGUGUCCCGGACUUGUCUCUCUCACAUGACCCUCGUGUUUGUCCCCGUGAUCAGCGCCGCCGUCUCCGCGUUUCAAGUGUUGCCGAAUAUCGCGUUUAAAAAAAAAGAGAGAGAAUCGCUCACCUUCAUGGAUAUGCUCGAACAGAGCCUGGACGCUCAGACGAGUCACGAGAAACAGGAAACUGAGGAGGUUGUUCAGCUGCAGGAAGGAGAGGGAGUAGGGGCGGAGGAACCAGCGGCGGUUACCAUAGCGAGCACCCAGCCAGCCGCAGUAUUUGCUGACAAUGUCCAGUACCAGUUCCGCACAGAAAACAGCAGUGGGCAGGUGACAUAUCGCGUCGUCCAGGUAACAGAAGACCACUUGGAAACAGCCGGAGAUGGUGGAGCUGCGGUCAGUGUCGUGUCCACUGCCGCCUUUGCUGGAGCCCAGCAGGCAGUUGCACAGGCUGUUAUCCAGAACCCUUUCAGUAAUGGAGGCAGUCCGGCAGGUGAGACGGUCGGGGGUGAGACGCGUUUCGCUUACUUCCCGGCUGCUACCGUCAGCGAUGGUACAGCAACAGCAGUUUCAGUGCAGGCGGCCGCUGAUGCCACUCUUGCACCAGCAGCAGGUCAGUUUUACGUGAUGAUGAGUCCUCCAGAUGUGUUACAGCCAGGCACACCAAGGACCAUUGCCCCUCGCACACACACUUAUUCCACGAAGAUGGACGGCCCGAGAGCACCGCGAGAUGAGAGGAGGAGAGCGCAACACAAUGAAGUGGAAAGAAGAAGAAGAGACAAAAUCAACAACUGGAUAGUCACACUGUCCAAAAUCAUCCCAGACUGCAACAUGGACAACACCAAAACUGGAGCAAGCAAAGGAGGCAUUCUGUCUAAAGCAUGUGAUUACAUCAGAGAGCUCAGGCAGAGCAACCAGAGGCUGCAAGAGAGUUUUAAAGAGGUGGAGAGAAUACAGGUGGAUAAUGAGCUCUUAAGACAGCAGAUAGAAGACCUGAAGAAUGACAAUGCACUGCUCAGAGCCCAACUCCAACAGCAUGGCCUUGAAAUCAGUGGAGAAACCAUUUCGCAGUGACGGACAGUCACACACAUUACGGAAUACACACACCUCCACAAAACCACCUCACAGACUUGAGAUGUUUGUUAACCCAAUAGAAUAAUAAUGGCUGAUCUGAUAUUAACAGAAGUUAUCAGAGAAACUAUUGAACAAUAGUUAAAAAGCACAUCUACUGUUCCACCUGUGAGAGCUUGACCUACACGGACGCGGCAACAAACUGAGACGAACCCCAAUAUGUGACGUAAAUGGGCUUGCAUUGGACUAACUUGUCUUUUUUCUUUUCUUUUCUUUUUUUUUUUUUGAGUUUUUGAAUGAUGAUGAAUUGAAAAUUCUCAACAAUGCCUCAUGAUCACAUUUUGUUUAAACUUGUGGUGGUUUUUCCUGUCCCCAACGCCCGCACACCCCCCCCCAACACACCCCUCUCGGUAUUUCUUCGUAAUUAUUACUGCUGUCUUCAGUAUGUUGUAUUGUUUUGUCUGCAUUAUUUAUUAGCGCACAGAGAAGUACACAACAGGGAUAUGAAACCUUUUGUUUCGAUGCUUGAACACAAUCAAGCCAGUUUGUCUUUCACAUUUAAGAAGCUUCGCAGUUAAUCAGAGCAAAUUUCCUUUGUUCCUUGGUCCAGUUAAGGUUUAGUCUUCGAAGCAAGAUGAUGUUCAUUAGAUAUAUCAAAGUUGUGGCUGAGGUAUUGAUGUACUGAGCAAUUCUGAUUCAGAAUUUAAUGAAGCAAAUCAUGUUUAAAAAGCUCAGGGUUGACAGAGGAACUACAGUGGAGCAGGAACGCUCCACAUCAACCGCUUCCCAUACCAUACCACCAUUUUCUCAACAAGAAGUCCUUUAAUCUGUCUACAUGUAACAUCAUAUCGAGAGUGGCUCGAGCAGACUUGAGGAUUCAGACACGUACUGUAUCAAAACCAAACCCCCAAGAUCAAUGUACUGAACAGAUGAUAACUGAUGGUCUCAAGUAGGAGGAAAUCCUAACCUACUUGAACAUGCUUCCCAAUAACCACCUCCCCCACCUGUACCUGCCUUAAAAUUUGCAAUAUUGCUUUGCCGUGGUAACAUAGAGAUUAAUAAAUUUAGUGGAAACCGUCGUUUACAUUGCAAUGUAACUAAUUCAACAUUUUUAUUUUCUAGACAUUUUUGGAGCACACAGUUUGGUUGUUUUUUUUUGUUUUUUGUUUUGUUUUUUUGCAUUGACACCUUUCAGCUCUCUGUUCUGUAUUUGUCCCGAAUGUCUGUUGACUUACAUGCCCCAUUAAUUCACAUUUUAUUCACUGCUAGGACUUAACCUUUAGUCUUUUUCCAGUAUAAAACCGAAAGACGUUCUGCUGA